AUGCAAGAUCAGAAGGGUCAAGAGGAGAAACACCUAUGGGGCCUACCCGCGACAGAUGUAACCAUCCACUCGGCAUUCCCGAGGCAGUACGCGGGGGCAGUUUCAUUCAACCUUGCAUCUGUGAUCUUGGCUCAGUGGCGGAGAUCCAGCCAGGCGCAUCGCGAACAUUACUGUACUGUUCACGGUACAGUCAAGUGGGCGCCGGAUGGCCCCAUUAUUGUGCGGAGUCAUGCUAAAGCUUCCAAGGGUCUAAGAUGUCCGAGUAGCCAAACUGCUCAGUUCUUGUUGUAG